AUGGUACUGAACGAACUUCAGAACUGUCGGUUUUAUAGAAAGUUAACAACCAACCAAGAUCGUCACACAAUGCUCAAGGUUGAGAAAUUAACUAAAAAAUAUGCCGACAAUUUAACAAAAAAUCAAAUUGAUUUCUUAACAAACUUUAAAUUGAAAUCCAGUAAUUUCUACGGAUUACCAAAAGUCCACAAAUCUAAGGAGAUCCAGGAAGCUGUGAAAAAUUGUGAUGACGCAUAUAUAAAAAUGUCCCAACCUGCUGACCUUAAAAUACGUCCGAUCAUCGCUGGACCUGCAUCAAGCACCCAACGACUGAGUAAUUUAUUGGACAUUUUAUUGAAACCACUAUGCAAAUUAUUACCCAGCUUCGUAAGAGAUGAUAUAGAUUUUCUGAAUUAUAUUCCCCAAAAUGUAGACCCAAACACUAUUCUCGUCAGUUUUGAUGUUACACGUUUGUACACAAAUAUCCCACAUAUUUUGGGACUGGAAGCAGUUAGUUACUGGAUAGACAAACAUCCGGAUAUUAUAAAUGAACGAUUCCCAAAGGAAUUAAUUUUAGAAGGACUGAAGAUAGCGUUGGAAGAUAACCAUUUCCAUUUUAACAAUGAGUUCUACCUACAAAUAAAAGGAACCGCCAUGGGGACAAAAGUUGCUCCCUAA